GCUCCUCCCCGAUGCUCUGCCCCCCGACCCUUUGCACCCGAGAAGCCCCCCAACUACCGCCAACCAUUUUCCGGUCGGAAAUCCGACAAAGCUUGGGGAUUUCUCCCUAUUUUCUUGUCUUAGAACACCUGUUGAACCCAGAAAAUCCCAGAUCUGCGUCUUCCUUCCUCUGCUGUCCGUCGGCUUCAACUUGUGGGUUUGAAAUUUCUGGGCGUUUUUCGCCGCGAGUUCCCCUGCAGAAUUUCUUCUUCUCUGCUGUCGGCUUCUCCCCCCCUGCUAGGCUCGGUUUUGCUUGCUAAAUUCUGGUAAGUUGCCGGCUCUUCCAAGUCUAAUUUAUCCAUGUAAUUGUUGCCUUGUGUUGAGUGGAUUUUCUGCUUUGGAAUUGCCCUUUUUGCUGUCCGAAAAUGGAAGAAAUUUAGGUGAAAUUGUGUGGGAAGGUGGAAUGAAUUUUGGUAGCUUUAAGCUAUGUUGUUAAGUGUGGUUUAAGUAGAAAAUUAGCUUAUUUGAGAAAUCCCGUGAAUUAGCUAUGUUUUGCCAAUUUUGGGAGUUGAAGUUACUGUUCACGAGGGUUCACGGGGUACUGUUCAUAGGCACUGUUCACACACCGAGGGUUAACAAUUAACGGGGAUUUAAAGGUUUAGUUUGUGAUAUAAGAAUGAAUUUGGAGAUGUCCGGUUAUGUGGAGAUUGAUAGAAAUAGCACUAUGAGUAGGGGUAGUGCUCACGAUGAUUUUACUUUGAAUUUGUGGUGGUAUGGUUAUUAAUUGUGGAAUAUUGUGAUUAGGUUUUGAUUGUUCUGUCACCGUAGCACUUGGGUUAGCCUUCGGUUUAUACGAGUGAGGUAAGUAAAUUAUGGUAAAGCCCUUCGAUUUCAAAGCAUGUUUUUAAUUGUUUUUGAGAUGGUGGCAAGGUUUAAAUUGAUUUUAUCAGCAUCUGAAUGUGAUUAAACUGAAAUGGAAAUUGUGAUGAUUUUUAUGAGAAAUUCCUUGUUUUUCUGAAAUUGAGCGUGAUUGGAAUGAAAAUGAGGAUUUUGUUGAUUUUCUGGAAAUGAGCAUGAUUGAGAAAUGAAAAUGAGAAUUUCAUUGUUUUUCUGGAAUAGAGCAUGCCUAUUUGGGAAUUGACGGAACUGUUUUGAUGAACUGAGAGUUUGAAAAUUCUGAGUUUUCUGUUAAAUCCAUGGUCACAUGGAAAUUUUCUGGGUUGUUUCUGAGAUUUGAGAUUGAUUGUGAAUGAUGGAUUUUUCUGGAAAUCCUGCAUGGUUUUGUCUCGGAUAUAGUCAUGAUUACUGACGCCCGCUAGUGGGAGCUGUAAACGCUAGCACAUGUCGGCAUGUAUUUCUGUAGAACCGGUUCACCCUGCCUAUGGGGUUAAACACUGGCACCAUUACUGACGCCUGCCAGUGGGAGUGUGUAAACACUGGCAC